AUGAAAUUUUUAAGAUUAAAAACUGAAGACUCGGUCGCGGUGCGAACCAACUCUCUGGUGACGAUUAGACGACAGAUAUCUUUUGCGGCCAAAGACAUCGCUCAGCCAUUCAUUUCUAGUAUGUCAUCGACUAUACCGCAGAUGAACCACACUAUCAACAACGGGUGCAACAAUUCUGUGAUCAAUGAGCUCUUGCUGUCCACACAAUCACGUGAUUCACACACACAGUCAGGUCAUCACACGUCCGAUUCGGAUCAGAGUACGAUCGCUCAAAGCCAAGACAAUGACCGAAAGCACGGCCUGUAUCUACCGAUCAUAACGGGUCCCAACGGUAGCCAAUUAAACGACCCAAACAGUGACCGACAGCCGCAAGAGUACUCCGAAUCGGAGAAAUCUAUUCAGUCGUCCAAAAAGGCGUCAAAAUCGCACCACAAGUCGGGCAACGAAUGGGAGAUAUUGGAGGGACUGAAAGAUGGCCAGCGAUGCGAAGACAAGCCAAACAAAUUUGAUGGCUUUAUGCUUAAGAGGAGGAAAUGGCCGCUAAAGGGUUGGCACAAACGGCACUUCCAUUUGGAGAACGGAAUCCUUUCCUAUUCGAAGAGUCCCAACGAUAUGAUGAAAGGCAAGAUUCACGGCUCAGUAGACGUCGGACUAUCCGUCAUAUCCACCAAACGGAGCUCAAAGCGCAUAGAUAUUGACGCCGAAGAGUUUAUUUAUCACAUAAAAGUGAAGAAUCGGAUUAUGUUUACGAAAUGGAUAUCAAUGCUGAGACACCAUCGACUCUACAGACAGCACGAGAUCUCAUUCGGUAACCGAAUUAACGCCAUCUCUACUCCCGUCCGGUCGGUAGCCGUCACUGGCAUCGGAAGCGGUGGCGGAAUAACGCCCACCAAUCAUGAGAUGAACUCUAAAGUGAUCGCUUGGAUUCUGGACUCGAAUCCGCUGGAAAUGGACACUAAUUUCAGCAAAGAGUUAAUCGAUUUGCAACUAAAGCUCGUGAAGUUGAGCUCAUUGUUGAAGUUGAUUGAGAUGCAGAUCGAGUCCAAAUCGGACGCCAUUCCCUCCGCAGAGACUGUGAGCCUUAAGAAAUCCAGACGUCGUUUCCUAUUGCGGCGAAAGAAACAAAACAACUCGACGUCCAGCGCGUCCACCGAUAAGCCGGUGACCAAUAGUAAGAAGAGUGAGCCAAACGACACGACACUCAACGAUAAGAACGCAACGAAGUUAAAGCCACUGCCGAUCGGACACCACUUGAGUUCAUCGCAUCCGGUGCUGAACGAGGCGUCGUUAGCGCCCAACAGUUCGCCCGACAAUUGGAUGACACAGUCGUGUAACGAAGCGGAGACUGACUUCAAAGACCACUCGCAGGACUUCGAGUCAAUCAAAUCGACGAAAGCGAUCAUCGAUUUUGUUAGUCUCGCGAACGAUGUUAACAACAGUUUUCGGACACUUUAUCGUAUGGUUCAAAGCGAUGGCACCAAAAAGAAGUCAAUGAAACGUCCGCCAAAUGAUUUCGAUUUGGUCUACACUUUGAGACAAUCGCUGUCCGAAGCGCUCCAACAGAAUAAGAUGUUG